AUUUUUUGAGUUGGCGGUCCUGGAGAUUAGUUUUGAUAAAAACCAAAAAGUCCCUAGACUUUCUUCCUGUGACUUGAUUUGUAACGUGAACGUUAGCAAGUCUUGAGAUACAAUGGCCAAGUCAAAGAACCAUACCAAUCACAAUCAAAACCGCAAAGAUCACCGCAAUGGUAUCAAGAAGCCAAAGCGCAGGCUACACGAAUCCACCUUGGGUAUGGAUGCUAAAUUCUUGAAGAACCAAAGAUUCUCCAAGAGGCACAACCUGAACACCAAACAGCAACUCAAACGGGCUGCCGAAAGGAAAGCAGAAAGAGAAGCUAAGAAAUAGGUGUAAAUUUGAUAAUUAAAAUUUUAUAAAAAUAA